UAAUUCAUACUCAAAUAUAAUUAAAAAACAAACGCUUUGAAUGUAUAUUAUUAUCUGCAAUUUCUUUUUCACAUAAUUCUAUCUUUCUUAAUUUAAAAAAAAUUUCGAAUGAGAGGGGUUAUAAAUGAUAUGUUAAACUUGAUUUAUCGAAUUUCAAUUGGUUGCAGCAGUCGAACGAUAUCGAUAGUCUGAUAAUUUUUUUCCAGAUGUGUAAAUACACAUGAGUGACGUAUUGUUCAUUCAAACACAUGAUCAUUUAUAUAUAUCAGUUAUUGUUUUAACCAAUAGCACGAUUCAUGCAGUUUUGACAUUUUUAUAUGAUUGGCAUUUGACAGUUAAAACAUUUUUAAUUUUUCUAUUAUUUUCUGCUAUUAUUAUAUUACAACUUUGAUAUAAUUUUUGAAAAAAUAAUAAUCACUCGAUAUACUUUUUUACGUUUCACGCGGUGGGAGAUUAUAAAGUCUCUGCACACUAAUUCAUAACGCGGAAGAAUUCAUUGACACUUGAUGUACGAGAUACAUGAAUAUUCAUAGUUACAUAAGUAUCAAAUAGUACAUGCGUGAACAGAAUAGAUGGAGUAAUUCGAAAAACAUCGCGCAGCGUUGUGUUUAGUUUAAGAUAAUUUUCGAUAGAUGGCCAUAUGAUGCCCGUAUAUUGUUGUCUACUCUAAAGGCUUGGUCGAUUCUUCCAAGUUGGAAAGUGUAUAUAUUUUUCUGUGUCAAAAAAGUUAAAUCUCUUAAAGAGAAAAUAUUUGUGUAUAUCCUUAGAAAUGAAAGUAUUUAUUGCUCAUUUUUUGUAAAUUAAUAUGAAAAUAAUUGUAUAAUAAAUUUCAUUUUUCGUUGUGUUCAUUGGUGAGUGUCGUGCAAACUUUGUUAACCUCAAAUUUUAUUCUCAAAAUUGAAAUUCGGAAAAUUCAAUAAGCUAAUUAAAUUAAAAGACGCAUUUCCUUACAAUUGCAAUUAUAUAUUAUUAAACAUUAAGAAAGGAAGAUAUCGAUUACUCGUAGCAAAUAACGGUCGAGAUUUCGACCAGAUUACCCCGAUACACCGAUGACGAGAAUGAGUUCGCAGCAAAGUCCAGCCGCGUUACAAUCGACGGUGGAUCGUGAAAAAGUUUAUACUUGGAUAAUUGAAUUGUCUAAUUCAGAAACGAGAGAAAAUGCAUUAUUAGAACUUAGUAAAAAACGAGAAGUAGUACCGGAUUUAGCUCCAAUGCUGUGGCAUUCAUUUGGAACUAUAGCGUCGCUACUUCAAGAGAUAAUAAAUAUUUAUCCUGCUAUUAAUCCAGCUACAUUGACUGCAUAUCAGAGUAAUCGAGUAUGUAAUGCAUUAGCUUUAUUGCAAUGCGUUGCCAGUCAUCCAGAAACUAGAUCAUCAUUUCUUCAAGCUCAUGUACCAUUGUUUUUAUAUCCAUUUUUGCACACAGUCAGCAAGACACGUCCAUUUGAAUACCUUCGGUUAACGAGUUUGGGAGUGAUAGGAGCUUUGGUAAAAACAGAUGAGCAAGAGGUGAUCACAUUUUUACUCACUACGGAAAUAAUUCCGCUUUGUUUACGCAUCAUGGAGAGUGGUUCAGAGCUGAGCAAGACAGUAGCUACGUUUAUUCUACAAAAGAUUCUACUCGAUGAUAGUGGUCUUUCAUACAUAUGUCAAACAUAUGACCGAUUCAGUCAUGUUGCAAUGAUUUUAGGAAAAAUGGUAUUGUCCUUGGCCAAAGAUCCUUCUGCUAGAUUGUUGAAACAUGUAGUUAGAUGUUAUCUCAGAUUAUCAGAUAAUCCAAGAGCAUUGUUAGCGCUCAGACAAUGUUUGCCAGAUCAACUUAGAGAUAAUACAUUUGCGACGUGUUUGCAAGAGGACGCAUCUACUAAACACUGGUUAAAUCAACUUUUGAAGAAUUUAGAAACUGGUCCACAACCAGGACCUCCAGCGCAACCAGGUCAACAAGAUCCUAGGACUAUUGGCAUGUCACCUCUUGCUUCUUAAAUCGUAUGCUUCCUUAUAUUCAAAAGGAAUUCGAAAUUGAAAAAAGAGAGAAAUUCAACAGAUUGAUUUUGCGGAUUGAAGAGCGAUCAAUGUGUGAUCGUAAAUUAAUAGACGAAAUGCCAUCGUAUUUUUGAUCAUGAAAAUAGAAAUGAAUGCAUAGUUUCACGAGAGUGAUUAUGCAUUAUACAUGAUAACGGUGGUGAUAGUGGUGACGAUAUCAAUGAUGUUUACAAUUAGCUAGAGAAAUGAUCAAAUAUUCAUUUAUGGAAGAAAAGAAAGAGAGAAACAUUUGAUAUUUGUGAGAUGCAGAUUUGAUAAUCUCUGAAUGGAACGAACAUAUGCAUAUUAUAUAAACGUGGAAUCGUUUCUAUGUUCUUCUAUAUAUCUUCUUUCCUGCUCUUUUUUCUUCUUUUCUUCGUCUUCUUUUUUAUUACAUUUUUCCUAUUUUGGUAAAUGUUCUCUUUGUAAUUAUUCUUUGUACAAAGUUUGUAAAUUGAAAAUACAAGAAAAUAUAUGUGUGCGCGCGCGUGUGCAUAUAUAUGUAUACAUAUAUAUAUAUGUACAUAUAAUAUCAUAUAUAUGUAUGUACAUAUAAUAUACAUAUAUAUACACACAUGCACAGAUGUCUGUACAUAUAUUUGUGCCUAUUUUAUCUUUUUUUUAAUGCUAGGAUCGCAACGUAAUUUCCACAAUUGUCAUCUCCUUUUCUUGUGAAAAUUCAAAAACUCAUAAAUAUGAACUUGAAUGAAAAGCA